UAUUCUGCGUACAGUUGAGCAAGCAAUAAGAAGAAUUGAGUACGGUUCGACACGUCGCUCUGUUCGAUUGCAUUAGUGUGAGCUGAACAAAAGUAAUUUUUCAAAAACCAAAAGAGGAAGACAAAUAUUGCUUGAUUUUGUGGAAUAUGAAAUUCGCUAUCGUGUCCGCCAUUGCUUUUACGAGAAACGUUUAAAUCGUAUUAAGUUAAAGUUAAGAAGAAAUCAAAUCGUAAAACAUUUGGUUUAUUUUUAUGUAUACGUUACACAAAUUCAUUUAAUGAAAAUUUAAACAAUAAUAAACGUUUGUUAAAUGAAAGUUGAAUGGGCGUAAAUGAUACACCUAUUCUGAAAAGACAAAGACGUCUACUUUAUAUUGGAAAAGAGAAUAAUCAAGCGAAUACGACAGGCACCAUAAUUUCGUCCAAAGCGACAAAUCAGCUGGACCGUAGGCGAAACGGCGCUCGGGUCGCGGAUUCCGAUCCAAAUGUUGAAGUUAUCUUCACUAUGGCACCAGCGCUCACAGAGCCUAUAAGUCCAACCGAUAACUUAAACAAUACUUCGGUGAGGGCGACAAGAGUCGCAACCGCCUCGCGUUUAAAUAAAAAAUCAUUGAAAGAAUCUACUUCGCCUACUGAAUCAAAUGUAAAUUCUAAUAAAGACAAAAGAAAUCGUAAUCAUUUUGCAACCACUUCAACUCGUGUCACACGUUCGAGAGACGCAAGUCAACGUGACUACGAGAAGCAGGCAUCAUCACCAAAAAGCGAUAUUGAAAAUAUACAAAAGAAAGAGAAUAAUGUGCAUGAUAGUGAGCAACUGGGGUUGAAUGUAAUUUUGGGUUCAAAUAAUAAUUGUAUUGAGCCAACUACAAUUUGCAAACAGGAUUCAACUGCUCAACUUUUAGCUGACUUAACAAGUAAUUUUGAAGGGGCUAUAAGUGCAGACAUUUAUUUACGUAACCAAUUAAAGGACGCGAAUUUAGAUAAAGGUGUAAAAGAAAACAAUACUAGCGAACCAAAAGAUAUUUUUGUAAUCAAAGCAGACUCAGAAGGUGUACUUGAACAGAAUACCACACUGCACAUGGAUCCGCCUUUAAUUACUGAUCCCGACAAUAAACCAAAAGUGAAUAGUGCAAUUGAAAUUCAAGGUAACAUUUAUGAAAACAUAGAUAAUUUCAAUUCUGACGCAAUACCAAGCAACUGUGCGGUAAUUCAAGGGCCUGCACUUGAACCUCAAAGUAACAUCAAUGUCACAACAUCUGCGGUAGAUAUACAAGCUCUUAGUACAGAUUCCACAAUGACUGCUUCAGAAGUUGAGGAUAAUAUAGAAGAGCGAUUGAGCCAAUUGGAUAGUAUAUCUGGACCUCCUAUGCCUUGUGUACAGCCUAGCACAAACGAUUCAAAUGCAGACUUAAACGCACUUCCUACAGUUGACUCUAGUAAGCUUGCAAAUGUUACACAACAGCAAAGUAUACAAGAAUUGGUAAAUUUGGCAACAACUUCGCAAGCACCGAUUGUUUUCAAUCAACAGAACAUAUCAACUAAUAUGUCACCAAGCAUAAAUAUACAUAAUAAAGAUGGUACCGUGCUUGAAGAAGAGGAUAUCGAAGAUAUGCUUAAAGGUUUUGCUCAAGUCCCUGCAGAUACAUUAUGUGAUCUUAAUAUUAAUAAUCUAUUUAAUGAAGUAGUUAAUGGCUUUAAUUAUGAUGAAAAUUAUAGUCAAACAGCGGCAUCAACAAAACCCAGUAAUGAUAUUGAUAAGGAUACUUUAGAAGUUAUUAAAGUUAAUGAAAUUCUGGAAAAACGAGUUGCAGAUAUGUUAUUGCGAUUGCGAAUGAUUCAAGUACGCUACAUCUGUAAGCAUAGUAGUGAGGAAAUUGCUGGUCUUUUUGAAUGGUCUUCUCGUAUCAGUAAACGCAAUAGUCAUUUACUCGAUCAAGAUAAUACGAGUAAUAAUGAUCUAAUUGGUAUUGGUUCAAAUGUAAUACCGACUAACACCGAUAAAAAACGUUUUAUCUCCAUGAUGGAAGUGUAUUCAUUGAUACGAAAGCUACGCAAAGCACAUGACUCUCAGCAGUUGUCCGCCAUCGCCUCUUCUGGUGUAAAUUCUAGUAAUCUAUAUAAAAAGAAUAAGAAAAACUCCCAAGAUACAUCAACGCUAUCAUCUAGCACACAUGCUAGUGAAAUGGUUAUAGUACCAACAUAUGAUCUACAGACCAUUGACGAAAUCAAAACCGUGGCUGGUUUACUGCAAACGGCAAUGCGUGAUUUACAAAAGUCAAUAGAUUCAGAUGCCACUGAAUCAAGUUCUGACGAAGAAUCAGCUGAUGAAAUGAUAUCUUAUAAUAACCCAAUACAACGAGCAGUAUCAAUUGUAAAACGAGCUGCGUAUGUUUAUUCACGUGAUCGUGCAAAAAUUGGAACACGUUGGUCUUGGGCAGUUGCACAAAUUACGGAUUUAGAAAUGAAGAUACAACAUAUUCAUAAAGUUAGUGCAGAAAUUGCACAAGGCAAAGGUGCAGUAAUUUGUGAAGAGACAAAUGAUAGUACGAUUGAUGUUAGUGAAGAAAGUUGCUGUAGAACACGCGCACUUAAUACAGCCGUAUUUCGUAAGAGAAAAUUACUCCAAACUACAAAUUUACAUACAAUCUCAAAGAAAGCAGCACGCCCAAGUACCAUAAAAUGUGGCUGCCAGUGGCCCGUGCUUCCAUGUGCUUUGUGCACAGGUCGUUCAGAUCCAACUGCACCUCGCGACUUACCUGAUACAAUGAUGCUAUCUGAAAGAGUUGCACUUUUAGAUCCGGGUUUUCAUCCAGUUUUAAGUUUCCCAAAUGAUAUAAAUAAUGUUGUCCACUUGGAAGCAAUUACACGUUUACCUGAAUGGCAACAUAGAGUAUCACGCGCUCAAAUAAGAACAAUAGCCAGAAGUAUAAUAAAAUCAGCCCGCGACACCAAUGCGAAUACUUCCAAACGGAAUCCAAUAUCAGCAAUUAAGCGUAAAUACACAAAGAAGAAGGACCGAGCUGCAGAUCAACGAGGGGGUAUAUUGGAAAAGAACCCAACCGGAUAUCAAAAUCAGGUUUCAAAUGGUACUGCAUCUUCUUCCACAACGCCUAUAUUGGCCAACAAGACAACAAAAAACGGAAGGAAUUGUGCACCGUUAAACGGAACAUUUUUGGAAGUAUUAACAGGAGCAUCGUCAAACAGCCAAACGCAGACUUACGGAAACAACAACUUUACUCAUCUAAAGAGCGACUAUCAUCACCAGCAAAACUUCGAUCAAUACAAUCCCAACCAAGCACAUUCAUCAUCGAUCUCCAACAGCAAUUAUAACUAUAAAAAUAGCAAAGCACGUAAACCUGCGCCGGUUUCCACUAUUAACUCUUUCAAUCAAUACAACAGCAUGUUCCCACAACACAAUAACGGCCAAUAUAGUAACUACAAUGGUAAUUCUGAAAUCAGCUUUUUGCAUAUUAACGAUAGCUGGGACACACAAGCAGGGCGAAGUAGAACUUCAUCGCCAACACAUAGUGGUAAUAUUUACUACAAAAAUGAAAGAACACUUGACAGAAAAAAUCGUUCCUCAUAUGAUAUAGAUAAUAUUGUGAUUCCUUAUAGCGUUGCGGCCGCCACUCGGGUCGAAAUAUUACCAUAUAAAGAAAUUCCAACACCUAAAUGGCGAUGCAUUGACGACGAAGAAACCGAAUGUGAUAACCCCAAUUUGCGAACUAAAGACGCAGCACAACCCGAUAAUAAAACGAACGGUUUAGAAAAUAAUGAAAUUAAUAUAAGCAACGAAGUUUUAGCCACGGAAGUAUUAAAUUCAAACAUUACUUUAAAUGAGACACCAAAGGAAUCUGAGAUAAAACCAGAACAAAUGACGGAUGUUGAGGGGGUAAAAAACAAUAUUAAUAGUGUUGUUGUGCAAGAAAGUAUUUCUAAAAAUGAAAAUUGCGAGACUGAAGGUAUUCAAAAAGAUACUCAGGAACCACCAAUAAAAAAAGUCAAGGCGGAGAGCGCAUUUAAACCAAUAAGAAUGAGUUCAGAAGAUAUAUUUGAAAUGGUUAAAAAUGAUAAAGAUGAAAAGGAAAAUUGUGAAGAAAUAGAGGAUAUAUCAGAAGAAGCAACAAUCUUGCGCCAUGAACGAGCACUUAUUGAAGAAAGGCGAAGGUUCCAAACUUACUUAAAGUUUCCUUGGAGUACACGUUCACGAGCCAAUCGUCGUAUUGAUAGUGUUGCAGAAUCUAGUGGAGCUAAUACACCAGAUCCAGCAUCGCCAGCUCCACUUGCUUCUAGUAUUGGUGGAGGAGAUCAAGAAAGCAUUCCAUCACCUUUUGCGCCAUCCACACCUAUAACACCCAUGGAGAACUUACCUGACGUAGGAGAAAAUAUUUCAAGCUCAUCGAAUCUAAUAUUAUCUGCAUCCAAAUAUUAUGGUACAAAGCGACAGGAGAGGCGAAGAACAACAUCAACAAAAAAAGAUCGCGAGCUCGAACGUCGCAGUUCAACUCCAGAUGCAAAAGAUUUACUACAAUUUAUGCCACCAUUUGAACAUCUGAUAUUUCCGCUUACAGUGGAAAAAUACGAUACUAUGUUGCAAUUAAUGCCCACUUCUCAUAUAGUUGACGAGAUUGCCGAUAUAAGUGCUGGAGAUUCUCAGUACAACAUUCAAAACAGUCUUUUAUCGAAAUCAAUGGUCAAUGGUGAAUUGCAAGGAAAUAAGAGACCAAAAACAAAUAGUUCAGUGGAUCGUAAGGGAGUUAGCAGCGAAGCGAAUUCUAAUAUUAACGACAAAGAUGACAAUGUUCAAUUUGGCGCCAUCGAGCUUCGAGAUGAUUAUCCAAAACAUCCUUUACAUUUAAAUGACGAAGCCUACGACGAAAAUGCUUUUAAUGCAUAUGAUAAACGUAGCAAUAUCUUAGGUGAGAGCGAGGAUGAGACAUCUGAGAACGAACCAUUUGAGGAUGAUGAUCCAAAUGAUCCGGAAUGGAAAGGAACUUCAGGGGAACGUACUGAUAGAUUACGCAGAAAACUGUAAAAAGUAAAGUAAUAUCUAAAACCAAAUAUGAGUAUGUAAGCUUUUUUUCAUUUUGUUAACUAAAGAGUACCCAAGUUGCAACUCCUAUUUAGCGGUUAAUUUAUAUUAUGUGUUUUAACUAUGCAUUUUUAUUUAUACAAA